AUGGAAGACACCUCGAAAACAGAAUCCUUCAUUAUGGAUUGUGCGCAAGCUGAAAUAGCAGCCGUCAAGUUAACGCACAGACAAGCGCACAUUGUUUUGUGUUCUUUCCAUGUUUGCCGAGCUUUCUGUCGGAAAACAAGAAAUCCCAUUGUGAAGAACUACUUAUGCCGUCUAGUGCAGUGUAAAAGGAGAUCAGAAUUUAAUUUCUACUUCAGAGUUAUUAGCAGAUUGGAUGCUAAUGUCAGUCAAUACCUACAACGUCGUUGGAUGCAUCGACGAGAAUUGUGGGCGGCCUGUUUCAGAGAUAACGUGCUGACUUUUGGGAACGAUACAAAUAAUCGUGUCGAGAGUUCCCACAAGCAGAUGAAACGGUUUUUGCAAAGAUCUGAUAGUCUGCAUAAAAGUAUGCUAAAGGUGUAUAAAUGGCAUAAACGAAGUUUUUCAAUAAUACAGCAGGAGGCGAAUAUUGCUCAAUCACGAUGCUUCACGUAUCCCUGUUCACAAAGUUUAAUCCCAAUUAUACGGUUGCUUACACCAUAC